AUGGAAGCGCAGGGCGCUGCGGGCGGGCUCCGGUCCCGGGCGUUGCCGCCUCGCGGCUUGGGGCUGGCCCCUCGCGGCUGCUGCUGGGCGCUGCCCACCGCCGUGCUGUGCUUCUACGGCUUCUUCGCCAACCUGCGUCCUUCGGAGCCCUUCCUGACCCCUUACCUGCUGGGCCCGGACAAGAACCUCACCGAGACGCAGGUCUUCAAUGAGAUUUAUCCAGUAUGGACUUACUCUUAUUUGGUGCUGCUAUUCCCAGUCUUCCUGGCAACAGACUAUCUCAGAUACAAGCCUGUAAUCCUCCUGCAAGGACUCAGCCUCAUAGUGACAUGGUUUAUGCUGCUCUAUGCCAAAGGACUGCUGGCUAUUCAGUUCUUGGAAUUCUUCUACGGAGUGGUGACUGCAACAGAGAUCGCCUAUUAUUCCUACAUCUAUAGCAUUGUGGACCUGGCCUUGUACCAGAAGGUCACCAGCUACUGUCGAAGCGCUGCCCUUGUAGGUUACACGGUGGGCUCUAUCUCAGGACAAGUCCUCGUGUCUGUUGCUGGCUGGUCUCUGUUCAGUUUGAAUGUGGUGUCUCUCACCUCCGUGUCUGUUGCCUUUGCCAUGGCUUGGUUUCUGCCCAUGCCGCAGAAAAGCCUUUUCUUUCACCACCUCUCAAGCACCCAGGUCAGUAAGGAAACGAAGAUUGUAGAUUGUAAAAAUGGAGCAGUCUUCCAGGAUGAUCCUGCCUUAAAGAGGGUUCCUGGGUGGGACGAUGUUGAAUCGAAGGUUCCCCUAAAUGUAGAAGAGCAUCCUACAGAGCAGCAGGGCCAAAAAGUGGACGUCGUCAAGGUUAUCAAAGAGCUCUGGAAAGACUUCUUGCAAUGUUACUCUUCACAGCCUCUGCUCUGUUGGUCCGUGUGGUGGGCUCUGUCGACGUGUGGCUACCUACAGGUCAUAAACUACACUCAAGGCUUGUGGGAACUGGUGCAGCCUUCUCAGAGCUCCGAGAUCUAUAAUGGAGGCGUGGAGGCUGUUUCCACACUCUUGGGAGCUGUGGCUGUCUUUAUCGUGGGCCACAUAAAAGCAUCUUGUGCUACUUGGGGAGAGAUAGCCUUAGCACUGUUCUCCCUCUUCAUUGCAGCUUCUGUUUAUAUCAUGGACACAGUCCGGAACAUCUGGGUGUGCUAUGCUUCCUAUGUAAUAUUCCGGAUUAUCUAUAUGCUGCUCAUCACCAUUGCAACGUUCCAGAUUGCUACAAAUUUAACUGUAGAGCGCUAUGCCCUGGUGUUUGGUAUCAAUACUUUCAUCGCCCUGGUGCUACAAACUCUGCUUACCUUUAUUGUCGUCGAUUCAAAAGGGCUUGGGCUGCAUAUAUUUACACAGUUUAUGAUCUAUGCUGGUUAUUUUGCUGCCAUCUCAGCAGUGUUCUUCAUCAGCGGUAUGUGCAGUAUUGUCAAGAAUUACCGGAGACAAGAAGAGAGGAGUGAUCAAGCUGUGGCAAGCAUUGCUUAGAAGCAAAUAUGGACUUUGCACCUGUGUCAGA